CUGGUCCCUUGUAGGUCCUCAUCGGUGACGUAAUUCCUCAGCGACAGAAAUACAUUCAAAACACUGAUCUGUUAAGUUUGAUAUUUCUACAGUAUUUUACCCCAGGAAUUUAACACAAUGGCGUUGGAAACUGUCCCCAAAGACCUACGCCAUCUGCGAGCGUGUCUUCUUUGUUCGCUGGUGAAGACCAUUGACCAGUUUGAAUAUGACGGCUGUGACAACUGUGAGUCUUACCUCCAGAUGAAGGGGAACAGAGAGAUGGUUUAUGAAUGCACAAGUUCAUCAUUUGAUGGUGUGAUAGCCAUGAUGAGUCCUGAAGACAGCUGGGUAGCUAAAUGGCAGAGGAUAGGCAACUUCAAGCCCGGUGUAUAUGCUGUGUCAGUGACAGGCAGACUACCUCCAGGUGUCGUGAGAGAGCUGAAAAGCAGAGGAGUGAUAUACAAAUCCAGAGAUACAGCAGUGAAGACUUAAAACCAACUGUUUCCAGUUUACAUCAUCUGAUUAUACAGUGUACAAUACUGCAGCACCAACUCCAGGAAGAAGUUACAAUAGUGGGACUCUUCAAUUCUUGUUUUUUGUUGUGAUUAUAUAUAUUUGCAUGGGUGAUCCAGGGGAGAAAAAGCAGAUAUUUCUUAUUUCUUUGAAUAAUCGAAAAAAAAAAAUAAAGGUCUGUUUUAUAAGAAGAAUGAGUAA